AUGGUGUCCUUCGCGUUCCAUCUUUAUGCACUGCUUACUUUCCUUGCCGUAAAUGGCGCUUUCGCCCGUUUGCGGACCUUCAAUUUCACUGUGCACAGUGCUGUGCGUAGUCCAGACGGAUUUUCUCGUACGGUCUAUCUUAUCAAUGGUCUACAGCCAGGACCGAUAAUCGACGUUGACGAGGGAGACGAUGUGGAAGUGUUCGUCAAGAAUGACUUACCCGUUAACACUACGAUCCACUGGCAUGGGAUACUGCAACGUGGAACACCGGACAUGGAUGGUGUCCCAGGGGUUACUCAGUAUCCGAUACCGCCCGGGGGGAAUUUCACCUACCGCUUUUCCUUGAAGAAUGAGUACGGAUUCUACUGGUAUCAUUCUCACUUUCGCGCGUACUACGACGAUGCCAUACGCGGACCCUUUUUGAUCCGGCCAGCACCGUCCCGCCGUCGGUCUUUCGAGGAACUUCCGGAUUAUAAAUCUGAUCGUGAUCAGAUGUUACAGGCUGAAAAGGACGCUGUCCCUAUACUCUUGAAUGACUGGACCCAUGAAGUUUCCGACACGAUAUUUGCGCGCUAUCUUCAAACGGGUGCCUUCCCUGGCUGUGUUGAUAGCAUUCUCGCGAAUGGACUUGGUCGGGUGGAAUGUCUGCCAAAGUACAUCCUCGACGCUGGCCCUGGUUUAGGGAUAAGUUCGGACCCGACUACAGUUCAGGAGUCUUCUGCAACAACAACGCCGACAACCACGUCUGCGGAAAUGGAAAUGUCCGGAAUGGUCAAACGGAUGGACGGCAGCAUGAGCGACUCUAGCGGUAGCCAGAUGGCAGUCUCUACAAUGAAGCCGUCAGUAUCCAUGGCAGACCAGACAGGAAUGGCCAGCUCAGGAGGUAUGGGCCAGGAAAUGCGACUGAGUGCUCGGGGCUGUACGCCGCCUAUGCUGUUUCUACCGGGGUACAAUACUAGCUCAUUGGCGCCAGACACAUGCGAGAAUACUACAUCACCCCAGCUGCUUAUCUCAGCGAAUGCUUCGCAGGGGUGGCUUGCCCUCAAUCUGGUCAACUCUGGAGGAGUCAGUGCUCUCAGGGUAUCCCUCGACCGGCACUCGAUGUAUAUUUAUGCUGCCGAUGGCCUUUAUGUUAAACCGCAGGAGGUGAAAGUUUUGGAAAUUGCCCUGGGUCAGCGAUACUCCGUAAUGAUUAAGCUCGAUCAGCAACCUGGUAAUUACUACCUCAGGUUCGCAACUUAUCCCAAUGGUGAUAUGCAGCAGGUCCUGGAAGGUCAGGCUGUAGUUUCCUACGUUGUAGCUGGAAUGGAUAUGCCUUCGUCAGACCUUUCAAUCGACCCGGCGUUCAUUUGGAUGCGGACAAAUGGCUCAGCCAAAAAUGGGGCCCGUGAACUGGCUGAGACGCGACUAUCGCCUUUUGAAGGUAAUCGGCCGCCGUCCUCUAAAGCUGCGGAUCUCACGCAGCAAUUUACAAUCAAUCAGACUGGUAUUGUGACCUGGGUUGUCAACAAGGACCCGUAUGCUGAGGCCGAGAUUCCAAUUAUAUAUGGAAAUGCUUCAGAUCGCUGGAACGCAAGCACUACUCUACACAUGCCUUCGAACUCGUCUAUUGAUAUUGUAAUGAAUAUCGCUAAUGACUCAAUGGAUACUAUGGGCCAUCCAAUGCACCUUCACGGCCACAAGUUUUGGGUGCUGGGUUCCGGCAGUGGUUCGUUUCCUUAUCAGACCAUAGCGGAAGCACCAUCGUCCAUUAUCAAUCUUGAUGAUCCACCAUAUAGGGACACAGCAAAUGUGCCGCCAUCAGGAUGGCUAGCAAUUCGCUACGUGACCGAUAAUCCCGGGGCAUGGAUACUUCACUGCCAUAUCCAGUGGCAUAUUGUGAGCGGGAUGGCGCUGGUCCUAGUCGAAGGCGAAGACCGGCUCCAGGCGUUGGUCGGAUCAUUACACAACUCAACGAUCAGCUCGUCGACUACGUCUGGCGGCAGUUUACCCAUUGCCGUUGGCAAUGCGGUGCCAUUAUUCACCACUGUUAUCUCGUUUAUUGUUUUGUUUUUCUUCGUGUAA